AUAAGACUGGAUUUUCUGAGUUUGGUGUUAGCCCAACCCGACGGAAAUGGCAACUGUGUAGACGAUUCGAUGAUAAUAACUGGCGCUGCAUCUGUCGUUCCAGUGAUUUGCGGUGAAAAUUCCGGGCAACAUAUAUAUUUGACUGUUGAUGGUACCAAUCCAAUUCAAAUCGUCAUCUCCACAGGAACUACUGUGACUUUAGGAAGAAGUUGGAACAUCAAAGUUACUCAAAUCGAUUGUGACUGUCCAACGUUAGCUCCAAUAGGAUGUCUUCAGUAUUACACAGAAUUGACUAAUACCGUCAAUAGUUUCAAUUAUGGCAAUGGUUUGAAUGGGAACCUAGUAACACAAGCCGAUGGUACAAUUGUUGCAGGAACUAGACAAAUCGCCAAUCAAAGAUAUGGUAUUUGUGUUGGAAUGACACCAGGUUACUGCUCCAUUCGAUGGGCCCAGACAGCUGACACAACUUCUUUCACUCUAACUGGAGAUACUGCUGCAACUGCAUUAAUGCCUGGACUUCCAGGAAAUCCUGGAGUUGGUGAGGCCUGUACUACUGACUAUGUUGUUAUACCAAAUCCAUUCAUGACAACUGGUGCAGCAGAAGUAGGGGACAGGUUUUGUGGUAAUCAAUUGAACACCGUUGUCACUUUUUCGAAACCUUUCGUUCUCAACGUUGUUACCGAUGCAAAUGAGGCGACCGAUGCAGCCAAUAGAGGAUUUUCUUUGACUUACACCCAAUUGCCUUGUUCAACUACAUCUAACUUGUUUUUCACUGGAUAAUAUAUUUUAGUAGCUUG